AUGAAGGCAGCACUCCUUGCGAAGGCAGCAAUCCUUGCGAAGGCAGCACUCCUUGCGAAAGCAGCACUCGGUGCGAAGGCAGCACUCCGUGCAAAGGCAACACUCCGUGCAAAGGCAGCACUCCUUGCGAAGGCAGCACUCCUUGCGAAGGCAGCACUCCUUGCGAAGGCAGCACUCCUUGCGAAGGCAGCACUCCUUGCGAAGGCAGCACUCCUUCCGAAGGCAGCACUCCUUCCGAAGGCAGCACUCCUUGCGAAGGCAGCACUCCUUGCGAAGGCUGCACUCCCUGCGAAGGCAUCAUUCCGUGCAAAGGCAGCACUCCUUGCGAAGGCAGCACCCCUUGGGAAGGCAGCACGUAUUGUGAAGGCAGCUCUCUUAGCGAAGGCAGCACUCCUUGUGAAGGCAGCACUCCAUGCGAAGGCAGCACUCCAUUCGAAGGAAGCAAUACGUGCGAAGGGUACACUCCGUGCGAAGGCAGCACUCCGUGCAAAGGCAGCACUCCGUGCAAAGGCAGCACUCUGUGCAAAGGCAGCACUCCGUGCAAAGGCAGCACUCCGUGCAAUGGCAGCACUCCGUGCAAAGGCAGCACUCCGUGCAAAGGCAGCACUCCUUGCGAAGGCUGCAGUCCUUGCGAAGGCAGCAAUCCUUGCGAAGGCAGCUCUCCCUGCGAAAGCAGCACUCCUAGCGAAUGCAGCACGCCUUGCAAAAGCAGCCCUCCUUGCGAAGGCAGCACUCCUUGCUAAGGCAGCACUCCCUGUGAAGGUAGCACUCCGUGCGAAGGCAGCACUCCUUGCGAAGGCAGCACUCCUUGCGAAGGCAGCACUCCUUGCUAAGGCAGCACUCCUUGCAAAGGCAGCCGUCCUUGCGAAGGCAGCACUCCGUGCAAAGGCAGCACUCUAUGCGAAGGUAGCACUUCGUGCAAAUGCUGCAUUCCUUGCGAAGGCAGCACCCCGUGCAAAGGCAGCACCUCUUAUGAAGGCAGCACUCCUUGCGAAGGCAGCAAUCCUUGCGAAGGCAGCACUCCUUGCGAAAGCAGCACUCGGUGCGAAGGCAGCACUCCGUGCAAAGGCAGCACUCUGUGCGAAGGUAGCACUCCGUGCAAAGGCUGCAUUUCUUGCGAAGGCAGCACCCCGUGCAAAGGCAGCACCUCUUAUGAAGGCAGCACUCCUUGCGAAGGCAGCAAUCCUUGCGAAGGCAGCAAUCCUUGCGAAAGCAGCACUCGGUGCGAAGGCAGCACUCCGUGCAAAGGCAGCACUCUGUGUGAAGGUAGCACUCCGUGCAAAGGCUGCAUUUCUUGCGAAGGCAGCACCCCGUGCAAAGGCAGCACCUCUUAUGAAGGCAGCACUCCUUGCGAAGGCAGCAAUCCUUGCGAAGGCAGCACUCCUUGCGAAAGCAGCACUCGGUGCGAAGGCAGCACUCCGCGCAAAGGCAACACUCCGUGCAAAGGCAGCACUCCUUGCGAAGGCAGCACUCCUUGCGAAGGCAGCAGUCCUUGCAAAGGCAGCACUCUCAGUGAAGGCAGCACUCUCUGUGAAGGCAGCACUCUCUGUGAAGGCAGCACUCUCUGUGAAGGCAGCACUCCCUGUGAAGGCAUCACUCCCUGUGAAGGCAGCACUCCGGGCGAAGGCAGCACUACGUGCGAAGGCUGCACUCUGUGCUAAGGCAGCACUCCUUGCGAAGGCAGCACUCCCUGCGAAUGCAGCACUCCCUGCUGCAGGCAGCGCUCCCUGUAAAGGUAGCACUCCGUGCAAAGACAGCACUCUGUCCGAAGGCUACACUCCCUGUGAACUCUGCACUCCCUCCAAAGUCAGCACUCCCUUCGAAGACAGCACUCUGUGCAAAGGCAGCACUCUGUGCAAAGGCAGCACUCCAUGGGAAGGCUGCACUCCAUGCGAAGGCAGCACGCCGUGCCACGGCAGCACACCUUUUGAAGACAUCACACCUUUUGAAGACAGCACACCUUGUGAGGACAGCACAUCUUGUGAAGACUGCAGUCCUUGCGAAGGCUGCACUCCUUGUGUAGGCUGCACGCACAGAGAAAACAGCCUAGUCUGA